AUGAGUUAUUGGAAAGCCCUUUUUUCAUGUUUGUAUGUCAACAUUAAUGUAAAUCAUAAAAUUAUUACAGCUGAGAAAACGAUUCAUUCGACUAACACCAAUUGCUGCACUUGUUCUGCUCAGCAUCGUCAUAGUAGCCAUUUUGGUGCAGGUAUUUCAGAUGACCACUUCUCAGAAAAUUUCGAAUGGUUGGAUGACUCUAGAAAAUCAAUCCUUUCACAGAUGCAAUCAGUAGCAGCAACAAGUAACAGCCUGAAUUGCGUUCGCAUGUAUCGAGGACGAAUGCUACCACGUCUCGGUGCUUACCUCACUGCAAUUGCAUUUCUUUCGAAUCUUACAACGAUCUCCGUCAAUUACGGUCAAAUUGUCAGGCAUGUUAGGAGGAAGUUCACGAAAAGAAAAGCAAGGGUGGUUGCGCAUUCCCGAACAAGAGAAUCCAUUGUUUCUGAGCCGCGCUAUAUGAAGGAGAUGACAAAUGCCAUAAUCCGAGUAUUCGUCUUCCACGUCAUCUGUUGGCUGCCAUCCUGUUUAAUUCAAUUUCUACCGGACAUGGGACUCGUCUCCGAGCUGCUCACUACAAUUCGCUUUUUCAACAAUUUCUCUGACUUUAGAACUUUGCGAUGGAUUAUGUUUGCUGCUAACUGGUUGACGUAUGCGAAUGCCGCCGGAAACUGGAUAUUCUAUGCAGCAAUGAAUAGGGAACUACGAAGUCUCAUAAGAUUUGCAACCGAAAGAAGAAAACGAUCGACUAUGUCACACACUGCCUCGCCAUCGAACAUGCACAAAAACCUGCGGCAGCAGGUACGUAGU